AUGCAGGAGACCUUGAGCGCAUCCGAGGCUGUAAUCGCGCAGCAGAAUCGGUAUCGCGAGUGCGCUAAGCGGAAGCUUCGUACAGAUAAACUCGACUCCGAGAAAGCGGUUGCCAAGGUUCUUGCCAGUCGACAGUCGGAAAAGCUGGAUCUGACAGCUCGGGUCGCAGAUGAGGUGCAACUUAUCGAUCCAGAUGUCUACAAGAUUCUUGAAGCCGCCGAUGCUAUGGAUUAUGCUGCCAGCUUUGAGUACCAUCGCAUCACCUCCGACAUGCUGAUGUCCUUCACCGAUGCGGAUUUAAUUCAGAUCGGUGUCUACGCCCUGGGCGUUCGAAAGUCCAUCCUACGCGUUCUGGAGGAGUAUAUUGCUGCACGGUCCACCGAAUUUGAAGAGGACGAACAACUACAGCCACAACUACCACAACCCUCAGCCCCUCCGCUUCCACCAAUCUUGGCCAGAUUCGAAAGCGAGUGCUGUGUUUGUCAGGAGCGUGGG